AUGUCCACGUUUGAAUCAAGUCUUCCAAACGAGGUAAUUUUUAAUAUAUUUGGCUAUUUGAAUUCAACUGAUGUAUUUCUGUCAUUUAUUAAUCUUAAUAAUCGUCUAAAUUGUCUACUAGAAUAUUAUUUUAACACUGUUGAUUUGACGAAAAUAUGGCACAAGACAUUCAAGUGUUAUAUCAACAUUCUACUACCUACAAUUGGUGUAUGGGUGAAAAAUCUUAAACUAGGUGGUGAACAAACAUAUUAUCAAUUGGAUAUUCUAUCAUUAUGUCCAAAUCUACAAACCGUAUCCAUUGUAAAAGUACGCCUUAAUGAUAUUGAAUCUCAUUUAGAAUUAUUUCAACGCUUAUCAGAACUAAAAUUGAGUCUCAUUUUACCCGACGAUGAUGACGAAUAUCCGCAGACCUCAAAAGAAUUUCGACAUAUUAAUUUAUGUAAAUAUUUAUUUUGUCGUAAUAGUUCUCUUGAAAAAUUAGAAUUAAACUGGCUUUUUAUAAAUAAACAUAUUCGUCCAUGUAAAUUACAAGAACUAAUUAUAACAUUGAAUUAUUUUUCAGAUUUAUUUAUUUUAUUCAAUAAUUUACCUAAUAUACGAUCGAUACAGGUGAACUUUCUCAAUGACGAUUGUCAUAAGAGUGAUAUCAAACAUUAUGUCUAUAAAAAUUUGGCAAAAAAGAUCCAUCAUUUAACCGAUUUUUCACUAAAAUCAUGUCAUCCAUUUGAAAAUGAUACAUUUAUUUCGAAUCUAAUUCGCCACUUGCCUUCUGGCUUAAAACGUUUAUCAUUAGAAAUAUCGUUUCGACAACGAACAAAUUUCAUUGACGGAAACUAUGUAAAACGAGAAUUUUUAUCAAAAUUUUUACAAUUAAAUACUCUUUAUUACUCAGUAUUCGUCGAGUUAGAUAAUCAUAUAUUAGUAGACGAGAUUGUUGUCUCAUUCAGCAGUGAUUAUUGGUUAAAAAGAAAUUGGCUAAUUGAAUGUCACUAUAAUGAAAAUCAAAAAUGUUUUUGUUUAAAUUCUCUCCCAUUUUCAUCAUCACCACUUAGUGGAAUGUCUAACGGAUUUCUUGAACGAAAAUGUAACGGUAGAUCUGUUAAUAUUAAUGAUCCAUAUUUUUAUCAGCACAUAAGAGUUCUAAACAUGUAUUCUCCUCUUUCAGUACCACUAUUCAAACUUCUUAAUAAAACCCUUAAAAAUGUUUGUGUACUUAAUAUAAACAGACUGGAAGACGAUACUGAUGAGACCAAUCCAUGGCUACAUGACGAUGAUAAUGUCAAUGAUAAUGAAUAUCAAUUUAAGACAAUUCAAUCUCUAUGUUUCAAUUCAGAUGCAAAAUUAGACGAGAAUGAAUGGAAUAUAUUUCGUAAACGUUUAUUAUUAUCAGUACCAAACGUAAAAAUAUUGAAAAUAAAUUAUCAAACAAUUUUACAUUUAACAAAUAAUUUUAAAGAUAUUAGAUUUUAUCCAAUAUUCAAAAAUAUCAUCGAACUCAUUUUAUUUGAAAUUAAUACUAAACAUUUAGAACAUAUAUUUCAAUAUUUUACAAACAUUCAUUAUUUAACAUUGAUUGAUCUUAGUCUUCGAACAAAAUCAUUUAAAUUAGAUGAUAUUCUUGAAAUAUUUAGAUCAAUAACUCAUCUAGUUUAUCUCGAUGUUCCAUUUGAUAAUGAAAAUAUGUAUCACACAGUUGAAAGUGUUCAAGAAAAGUUGAAUUUCUAUUAUCAUGAUUUUUAUAUUCAAUUCUCAAAGAAGAAUUGUUAUAAUUAUUCAAACAGACAACGAAUACAAUUAUGGAAAUAG